UUUGCGGUCACGCUGGUUGCCAGCCCAUUGCUUGACCCGUCAACAAAUUUUGAUUAAAAAAAUUAAUAAAGAAAGUUCAUUAAUACAUUCACACCCGUUUUUAAAUUGAAGAAACAUUCAGUUCAUUCAUAAUAAUAAAGGGGUUGUUACCUAGAAUUUUAGCAGGUGAACGGCAAUAAUAGCUGCAUGGCAAUGGAAUUUUUGUUCGGAUCACGUUCAAGCAAAACCUUUAAGCCGAAAAAGAACAUCCCAGAGGGCACGCAUCAGUAUGAUCUCAUGAAGCAUGCGGCUGCCACACUUGGUUCGGGCAACCUGCGCAACGCAGUCUCUCUACCUGAUGGCGAGGAUCUCAACGAAUGGGUGGCCGUUAAUACUGUCGAUUUCUUCAAUCAGAUUAACAUGCUGUACGGCACCAUCACAGAGUUCUGCACAGAGGAGAGCUGUGGCAUUAUGUCGGCGGGUCCGAAAUACGAAUACCAUUGGGCAGAUGGUUUGACAGUGAAGAAGCCCAUCAAAUGCAGCGCUCCCAAGUAUAUUGACUAUCUGAUGACGUGGGUGCAGGAUCAACUAGAUGACGAGACCUUAUUUCCAUCCAAGAUCGGCGUGCCAUUUCCAAAGAAUUUUCUAGCCUCCGCCAAGACCAUAUUAAAGCGUCUGUUUCGCGUCUAUGCACACAUCUAUCAUCAGCACUUCUCCGAGGUUGUCACAUUGGGAGAGGAGGCGCAUUUGAAUACGUCCUUUAAGCACUUUAUAUUCUUUGUGCAAGAGUUCAAUCUAAUUGAGCGACGCGAACUGGCACCACUGCAGGAGCUCAUCGAUAAGCUUACGGCAAAGGAUGAGAGGCAGAUAUAGGAAUCACUGCAUCAGCUAUUUUAGCAGCAUAUUAGCGAUAGAACGAACGGCUUGCAAUUGGACUUGUGAUGAUGACGACGAUGAUGAUGAAUUGCAUUUUGGCGCUGUGUAUUACGAUUUAGUUUAGUUACCGCCUUUCCUUUCCUCGUUUAUAGCUUUUAUCGUUUCUUCAAUGUUUCCCUGUAUCCAAAAGAUGAGCCCUCAGAAAUUGUCGAAAGCGUGUUGUGUUUUUGCUGAGAGAGCGACUAGCAGCAGCAAUAGCAUCUACUAUAUAUUUUUAUAUGUGACACGUACUUUUAAGAGAUAUAAAACAUAUUUAUAUUUAUAUAUGUAUGUACUAUAUGUAAAGAAAAUGAAUCACACACAUACAGAAUCGACAAUACGCAUUAAUGUAUUAACAAGAAAAACAACCGCUGAAAUCCGCUUGAAAACAAACUAUGUAAGUUGAUUUGUUUAUAUUCUUUGGCAUGCGUACGUAUUAUUAUUAAUUUCAAUCAGCGGUUGGUGGAAAUUUGAGAUUGGAGACGACCGCACCCGAUAGCCCCAAUGAAUGAUAAUAAUUAUAGACUUGAUGCAACAUUUUUGAUAUACUAUUUUGUACUAAUAAAUAAACUGAGAAUAUAA